UCUGGGUGGAGAGGGGCGCUGCUGGACGAGAAGUGCCCACCUGCUCCUGCCACCCACCCCUGCCCUUGCCCUCUGCCUGGGGGUGCCCCGGGGGCCGCUGGCUGGCACAGGCAGCCUGCCCAGGCUCACGGGCACUGGGGGGUCAGACGAGCUAACCCUGCGGGUCCAGUUCUACGGUGCGGGGCUGGGGGCAGCGCUGGGCGGCCCUGUGCUUCCUGCAGGUGCCCAGUGCCCGCCCGCAUGGAGCUGCGUGACUACCAGUGGGAGGUGAUCGUGCCCGCCCUGGAGGGCGAGAACAUCAUCAUUUGGCUGCCCACGGGGGCAGGGAAGACCCGGGCAGCGGCCUACGUGUGCAAGAGGCACCUGGAGACCCGGGAGCGGGCCAAGGUGGCCGUGCUGGUGAACAGGGUGCACCUGGUGGACCAGCACUACACGCAGGAAUUCCAGGCCCUGCAGGAUCGCUUCCGGGUCACGCCCAUCAGCAGCGACAGCGACCAGAAAUUCUUCUUCGCCAAGGAGGUGAAGCUGAGCGACGUGGUGAUCUGCACGGCGAAGAUCCUGCAGAACGCCCUGACCAGCCAGGACGAGGACAUGCACGUGGAGCUGACCGAUUUCUCCCUGCUGGUGAUUGACGAAUGCCACCACACCCACAAGGACUGCGUCUACAACCAGAUCAUGGAGGAUUACCUGGAGCGCAAGCUAACAGGCCAGCGGAAGCUGCCGCAGAUCCUGGGCCUCACCGCCUCACCCGGCACCGGGGGGGCCACCAGCAUCCAGGGGGCCAAGCAGCACAUCCUGCAGAUCUGCGCCAACCUGGACACCGCCAAAAUCAUGUCGUCUCAGAAGCACCGUGUCCACCUGCGGGCUCAAGUCCCUCAGCCCAGGAAGCAGUACGACGUGUCCCACGAGAGGCCGCAGGAUCCCUUGGGCCAGAAGCUGAAGGAGACCAUGGCCCACAUCCACCAGUACCUGGACGUUGGCAGCCUGCCGCAGGACUUCGGCACCCAGAGCUACGAGCAGCGCAUUGUCGAGCUGGGGAAGGAAGGAGCCCAGUCGUUCUGCCGUAAGAAGCGCACGUGCGCCCUGCACCUGCGGAAGUACAACGACGCGCUGCUGAUCAAUGACACGGUGCGCAUGAUCGAUGCCUUCAACGCCCUGGACGAGUUCUACCAGCUGGAAAAGGUCACCAAGGUUCUGCAGGACCCCACGGAGCGCUUCCUCGUCAGCACCUUCGAGGAGAUCAAGGCAGCCCUGCUGGCUCUGACCAGCGACCCGCGCUACGAGAACCCCAAGCUGAGCAAGCUGGAGGAGAUCCUCCAGGAGCAGUUCCGGACCCUGGACCGCUCCCGCGGCAUCAUCUUCACCAAGACCCGCCAGAGCGCCCACGCCCUGCACAAGUGGAUCCAGGAGAACGCGAAGCUGGCAAGGCUGGACAUUAAGGCAGCUGUCCUGACCGGAGCCGGCUACAGCAACCAGACCAAGCACAUGACCCCGAACGAGCAGCAAGACGUGAUCAAGUUGUUCCGCAAGGGAGACCUCAACCUGCUCUUCUCCACCAGCGUGGCCGAAGAGGGCCUGGACAUCCCAGAAUGCAACAUCGUGGUUCGCUAUGGGCUGAUGACCAACGAGAUCGCCAUGGUGCAGGCCAGGGGCCGCGCUCGCGCCGAGAACAGUCUGUACUCCGUCCUCGCCAAGGCCAACAGCAAGGAGGUGUCGCGGGAGCGGCUGAACGAGACCUUGGAGGAGCUCACGCAAAGAGUCAUCGAAGAGGUGCAGGCCAUGCCGGAGAAGAAGUACCGGGACACGAUCACAGCCCUGCAGCGAAGCGCCAUCAUUAGCCGGAAGGUGAAGAAGGCUGAAGGCAACCAGAAGCGGCAGCUGCACGACCCGGACGCCGUCCGCCUCCACUGCAUAAACUGCAACAUGGCCGUGUGCCACGGCAGCGACCUGCGCACCGUGGAGAAGAUGCACCAUGUCAACGUCAACCCAGACUUCAAGAUUUACUACAAUGCCACGUCCAACAACGUGGGGAUUCCCCGUAACUUCAAGGACUGGAAGCCAGGGGGCAGCAUCAGCUGUGCGAAUUGCGGCCAGGCCUGGGGCAUGGAGAUGAUCUACCGCAGCGUGACGCUGCCCAUCCUCUCCAUCAAAAACUUCGUGGUGGCGACGCCGGACGGGAACAAACAUCUCAAACAAUGGAGCCGGGUGACUUUCACCAUCGAGGAGUUUGACUACGUGGAGUACUGCAGCAGGAACUUGGGCAUGUAACGCCUGGCCGAGCCCCAAGCACCCUCCCGUGGCAAUAGGGCGCCUUAGCCCAGCCCUUGGCAUGGUAGGCGGGAGCGCCCCUCCCAGAGAUCAGCACUGGGCACAGUGGAAGCAUUUUAACCCUGCUUUGCCCAGGCGUGGCUCUGUCUUUCCUCCAUACACUCUGCAGUGCCCGGGCACUGGGCAGAGAUAGACCAAUGGAGGAGUAAGGACCCCCUGGAGAUGGGCCCCCCUGCGCUCCUGCCCCACUCCGCUCUGCUGGGCCCCUCUGGGCCCGCACAGCAUGAGGAGCAGGAUUGGGACCUAGGGGGGCUGCCACCCCCAGAGACCAGGCUCUGGGCUGGGAGGUGGUCUGGUGAUGGGACUGACGUGUCCCGGCCAAACAGGGCAAGGAACCAUAGACCCACAGGGUUAGAAGGGAUCGUGGGGGUCAUGUUGUCUGACCCCCAGCCAACAGCUGUACUGUUCAGCCCAGGACUGACCAUAAAACCCCUCCUGCCCUCCCUAGGCGUCUAACACACUCCCCCAUCCUCCCUGCCCUGUCCCUCAACACUCACUGGUAAGGAGCCGAGUGUUGUGACCCAAUCACAGACCGGGGUCCUGUUCCCAGCUCUGCCGCUGACUCACUGGCUGAUCUCACACAAGUCUCGUCCCACCUCUGUGCCUCAGUUUCCCUACCCGUCAGACAAGGAUAAUGCCGCGCCCCUUCUCGGGGGAGUUGCAGGUACAUUUCUUUGUGGUUCUGGGAAGGACAGGACACACUGGCUGAGCUCACACAAGUCUCGUCCCGCCUCUGUGCCUCAGUUUCCCUACCCGUCAGACAAGGAUAAUGCCGCGCCCCUUCUCGGGGGAGUUGCAGGUACAUUUCUUUGUGGUUCUGGGAAGGACAGGACACAUCUCUCCCACCUGCCCCUGUCCGGGAGCGCCCCCCGAUCUCGGUCACAGCUUGCAAUGAUCCUGCGCGGUGCGCAGAAGCCACGUUUUUUCCUGCUCGGCUGCACGAAGCCGAGUGCGUGUCGAGUGAUCAGUUUGCAGAACUGCCGCCAGCCCCUCUGCUGUCCGAACCGCCAGCCUUGGGCUUAGCCAGAGGGGAGCAGCCAAUACGAAAACAGGCAAGUUCUUAUGAACAUAAUAAUAAUAGAGCCACUAGGGGACCUCCUUGAGCCUCUCGGGGCCCUGCGCCAUGGCUCAGUCUGGUGAUGCCUAGCACUAGCUCUGGCUGGGUAGGAAAUACAAGCCCCACGGAGUCCCUAGACCCCACACCAUGCGGUCGGGAGUGGCCAGCGAGUUGCUUUGCACGCUGAUCUCCAAGCAGCCUGCUGCCACUUGGGGGUUUGAGGCUGUGACGCUGGCAGGCCAGGCGCCAGCUCAUGCCAAGGUCCCCAGACCUCCCCUGAACACUGAUAAAUACACGGCGGGCACCAGGCUGGCUCCCCGAGGGUUAGUGGUGUUAAAAUAGGUAGUAAAGAAUUGUCCGCAUGUGCUUAGUGCUUAGACGUGAUGGGAUUGCUGUGAGUUGCCACGUGCGUUAAUCGCAGUCACACUCUGUGUCCCACACUGUAAGGUAAUCGCUGAGCGUUUGCGCUGUCCGCCUCUGUGACUGUGUAAAGACCGGCCCGGAGAGCGCGAUUAGUGCGAAGGGCCGGUCCCUGCCAGCAGGUGUUACUGCCAGCCCACAAGGAAGGCCCAUCCACACCAGACAGACUAGAGCGGAACAUUCAAGUGGACAAAAGACUCAUAGACUCAUAGAUUCUAGGACUGGAAGGGACCUCGAGAGGUCAUCGAGUCCAGUCCCCUGCCCGCAUGGCAGGACCAAAUACCAUCUAGACCAUCCCUGACUUGGUUGUUUACGCUCCCCCACCCUAUUAAGAUGAGUCUCGCCCGUGAAUUCCUCCCAUCAGCUGAGGUUCACCUCCAAGCAGAAGAGGGGCAGGGAAUAAAAACCCCUAACAAGGAGGAACUGGAGCGUUAUGCUGCUUUGCAUGGGACAAGGAUCGCUAGGCAUAAGCCAAAGUUCCCCAGCUAUUCAGCUUGGCUUAGCCCCGCGGGACAUACCGAGCUUGCAUGGCAUAGAAGCUCCUGUUACUUUUUGAAACUGAAGAGUGGAACUUAUUUGUGUGCCUAUGUCUACCUGCUUUAACUGUAUGAAUAACUCGGAUUUCCUUUUCUAUAGAAUAAAUCUUUCGCUAGGUUAGGA